AUGGAUAUUGAACCCUUGUGGUUUCUUGGGGGGUGGAUUUUUCUUUCAAAUUGCAUGGCUGAACCUAAUACCUCUAAACAACUCAAUUUUUUUCACUUCCUCACACUCUUCCUCAUCCUUCUCCUCAUCAUCAAUUUAUCUCAUCAACCAACUUCAACCAUAAACCCUUCUCCAACAACUUCUACCAAAUCAACCAUGUCGCCAUCAUCAACUUCAACAAACUUGCACCCUCACAAACCACAAAAACAUGGAGAUGGAAAAGAAUUUGGAGUUGAUGCUCAUGAAGUUCCAAGUGGUCCAAACCCUAUAUCGAACCGGUAA